AUGGCGCCGUGCCGGAGAAUCGGGACCGUAAACACCACUGAGUUGUUGAACCGGAGGAGUAGAGGCAUCAGGGAUGCUGGGAGUCUGAUCAGGCAGAACAUGAAGGUCCUCAGAAAUAUCGUCCUCCAGGACAACAGGAACUUCAGGAAAGUAUGGAGCAAGACCUCAAAAUCAACAAUCUCGUAUGAGAAUGGUAAAAUCUACUUUGAGAAUUACCAGAACUGCUACAGUUGUGUUCAUGCAGAGCCUCAAAUUUUGUACAAGCUGCCUAAGAGGUCUAAAUUGGAGAAAUUUGAAGAUGCCUUGCUGUGCCAGAGCCCACUUGACAAAACAUUGGCCUCUCCUUCUGAUCAUAAACCCAGCCUCUUGGCUUUGACAGCCAGUAACUGGCUGUAUCGCCUUUCAGCUGAAACAGGAGAAGAGCUGCAACGGGUUUACCUGUCUUCAAACCAUAAGUUCAGGUAUCUUGGCUGGGAGGUUUCUCAACAGACACUUAACGUUAAAUCUGUUCAAAACAAAGAAACACCUUUAGCCCGACAGGCAGGUAUCACUCAGAAUACAGUGAUGCACUUGGCUAUCUUUCAUGUUUUCCCCUUGCAAAUUGUGGGCACUGUGGAGAUCAACAAAAAGGUGUUUGGAAAUGGUGUCACUGAUGUUGUUCUGUCUCAAGGUGUCCUCGCCGUGUCUUACAGCAACAAGUCUGUGAAGCUGUACAGCUUUGAGCACAUUAUGCAUCGGUACAUGACUGAGAAGUUAAUGCUUGGAGCGCAGAGUUCUCUGCUUGGAGGUAAAACAGUGGGUGAAGCUCCGUUUGGUAUCCCAGUAAAUAUCCAGAUCACAGAUUGCCCUCCUGUGCUUUUCGAGGUCUCCUGCUCUAAUAAUGGUGUCCAGAUUGGAGGCUACCCAUGGCACUAUAUCUACACACCGCCUCAUAAAAAUCACAAGGGGACUCACCACAUCUGUUCACUCAAGGACAACACUAUGGCAACAAAUGGAAUACAAAACAUGAACUGCUGCUCUCUGGAGAGUGAUGGGAUCUUCUUCCACCCCGACGACUCAGGAAGAAUCAUCCACGUUGGACCUACCACCAUAAAUGUCCUUAAAAUCCUUGGUGAGCUGAACAGUGGUUUGCCAUCAAAGGUUGUUGGGGAUUUCUCUAUGAUGACCCAUCGAAACAACAAUCCUACCUCACAAGUCACUGUCACCUCAUCGGGACGCACAGUGAAGAGGAGAGUUCAUCAGCUGGAUGAUGACCCAGAUCAAGAGACUUUCCGAAUGGUGGAAUACGAGGAUGAGCUUGAUCUUUUGGCAGUAGUGGUAACUAACGGUGAGGAGGGAGAAGGGAGAGCUCACAUCCGACUGCAUGACAACCAGAGUGGGCGGUUACAGCGGACAAUUGAUCUGGUUGAACCUUGGGAUGAGACUUACCGGCAUGAGUUGUUCUUUGACAAAGACACACUUGUUCAUAUUGAACAAAAGAACACCAACUUCUGCUGCCAUGUUUACAAACUCAAGGACACCAGAAAAUAAUUGGUGCAAUUAAAGCUGCUGGAAAUCAUUUAAUACUUCAUUUCAAAAUUUUCUGGAUAUUUGUUUCAUACUUUGUUUUUUGUACAGUUUUUCUGUCAAACUCGCAAUGCUUUUUUCACCCUCUGGAUCAGUGUGUCAUUAUUUCUCUUGUGUAAAUUAUACUUGAUAAUCAAGUUGGUCAUCUAAAUCGCUGUAUUACUGUUUAGCAUUUUCUGUCUCUCACCUGUGAACAUUUUUAUACUGUUUCUCUAAAAUUAAAAUGAGAUAUUUUUGCAACUUUCUCUGAAUUUCUGCCUCAUUCUGUCUUUCUGUCAUGCUUAUCCAAAUAUUAAUAUUUUUUUAAGUUACUUUGAUGUAAUAUGAAGUCCACUUGCUUUCACCUACAGAACAAUUGUGUUCUUAUAUUCCACACAUUAAGAAGGUGAAACCUGGCUAUUCAUUUGAAAUUUGCAGGUUUCGUACCAAGUUACAGUUGUACUCGACUACAGCUUGUUAAAGACCCUGAAAACAAAUUUCUCAAUCAGGCUCUUACUGUGAGUGGUGGCAUCCUUCAUGAAGACACAGGUCUCUGCCAAAGUGUUGUUUUAUAUGACAGAAUUUUGUCUGUGCUGUUUUCUGUGCUCCUCUCACUGGUCUGAAAUGGGCGGGGUAGUUCAGGAAUAUGUGAGUCAGAAACUGAUGACAGUUGUGUGGUUGUUUCCUUUUGUUACCAGUCUGCUGUUAAUAAAGUAUGAUGAAACCAAGCCCACACAGUCGUGACGAAGCAGGGGUCUGUUUUACAAAAAAAAGAUUUGCUGG